AUGGAAGGUGCGCACUUCGCAGGGGACCAUGCACAUCCCUGCCCGCCUUUGUGGUUAUUUAUUACCUUCAGCUGCGGUAGGUGAGCUGCGCCAGGAGUUGUUGGGGGCGAGAGAGGCUGUGCAGAUGGCACUAGAGGAAUCCAAUCAAUACAGACAAAACAAAAAGGUCAAGCAGCAAACAACCAAAAAUGUCGUGCCCAUCAAUCCACAACGCAUACGGAGUCUCCCUUCCUUCCUGUGUUACCUGCAUACAGGAUUUGGAUGUCGAGCAUGCUCGUGUGUGUAGUGAGAAUGGCGAGCUGCUGGCCGCCAAGAAGGCUUUAGAGGGUGAGACAUGCACCAAUCCAUAAGGCUGUUGACCGACUGAUCACCAACGGUCGUCCUCAGACGGUCGCAAGCGGUUCGAGGCGGGAUGCAGCGACAACCAGGCCCAGUUGCGAGCACGUGUUGCCGCGCUGCAAAAUGAGAAGCAGGUAAGAGGACAUGCACGCAUCCGCUUCUCGUCACGCAUCCUUGCGGUAUGUGUCAGGCUGUCGAGUCAAAAGGGAAGGUCGGCCCACCCACAGCUAAGAAGAGUACGGACAGAGAAGCAGCCACGAAGAGAAAGGGGCGGAGUGGAGCUCCAGAAACCACCCAGGAGUGCACUUUCAAGCCGCGGAUAUGCAACAAAGCUACGGAGAAGAUGACGAGAGGCCGUAACCCAAAGGUCAGCAACCCAGCAACAACGGAUAGAUCACAUCAGUCCGCAAUGUUUGGAUGUCGGUUUGCAGAACGUCUUCGACAGACUAUAUGGGCUGGCGCAACAGAAACGAAAGAUCAAAUCAUGAGACAUGUACGGUGAUAGGCAUGUGAAGACCUCU